AUGUCCAUGCAGCGCUCCCUCUCUUCUCCAGUCCGCACGCAGUCUACGCCUCCUCCCCCGCUUGCUUCACCAACUGAAGCCAACGUGCAACCACUCGCGACGGCCUCGAUAGAUACUCUAACCAAGCAGCAUCGAGCCGGUCGCUACCGCUCGCCUAGCCCUAAACCCAGCUCCCGCAACCUUGAAGCCAGACCUUCCCGCAGGAAUGAUGCUGCUUUACGUCCCACCCGUCUCCAGGACGGUCCCCAGGCCGCAAAGCCGUUGCUGACCGACACCACCGCCACAGCCCUUCCUCCCGCAGCCACACGUUUACCCCAAGAGCUUCCCAUGAGAUCCCAUACUAUCCACGGAGAAAGGUUAGCCGCCCGGAUACCACGGCCGCUCAUUGAAAACGUCGCCCUCUACACAAACCAGCAUGUCCCGAUGCCUCGCGACACCACGACUCUCCAGGAACUGGCCCAUUUGACCCGUCUGUCCAAAUACCAAGCCCGCAAAAGGAACAUCACCCGUGUUCGCCUGGAAAGGACCCUCAUCAGCACUGCGGUCGGCGCCCGCCUGACGCGCUGUGGUGACAUUGCCCAUCGCAACUUGGUUGACAGCUUCCGCAAGGACGAAAAGGACAGUUUUGCCUCCUUGUACAAUGCCAUUCACGAUGUCCGGAAGAGUUGCGACGAACUGAGGAGAUUUGCCCUGCUCGAACCGGACCUGGAAUCACAGUCAUCGCCCAUCCUCGGCUCCUCCGAAAGUGUCGAUACCAUCUCUGCCCUCCCCAACGGCGAAGCACCCUUUCGCCCCGCCUCCACCUUUUUCGACGACAUAUCUGUUCCUUCCAGAGACUCCUUCCUCGACUUUAUCUCCGAGAUCCGGAACAACCCGGACUACCUGCCCAUGAGGAUGUCUGCCCUCUCCAGCUCGGAGCUUAACGUCUUCCUCAACCCGCACCGCGGCCUUGAACCAGUGGAAUCUAUCCUGUCUUCCAGCGGCAACCGCUCCCAUAGCCGGAACCACCCCAGCCAUCAUCGCCAUGUCGCGGGCGAUGUCGAACGUUUCAUGUCCUUCCAGCGCCACGAUCCGCUUUCUAUUCUCAUUCACACUUGCUUCGCUAACUCGGCAGGUCCAGACAGCAGUGAGGACCGGAAAAGGGUGGACGUAUGGGCCUCCGUACUGGCCAAGCUCAUCCUGGAGCCCAAGCCCUCAAGUGAGCACUUCCUAAUUUGCGUCCUCAACUGCUGGACCAUGAUGCGCGAAUGGUCUGGAAAAUCCAACAUGGAAUGGUACCUCAUGAAGAUCCUGUCCGAUGGCGCCUUUCUCCUUGAAAGGGCUGAGGACCAGCAUGGCACCCGAUUCAACCUCUCCGACUGGACACAAACCGAUGAAAUCGCCGCCCGAGAGUUUUACGACAAUGCCGUGACCCAGCUCCUUGAAAUUGUGGAUGACCCGGACAAUACUGGAAUCCCGGAUGGCCUGCUUGAACUUGGCAAUGCCGUCCUUAAGAAGUUGGACAGUAAGUACCUCGACAACACUUCCAAAUGGCUUGUCUGGAGGUGUCUCUUCUUUGUCUUCUUCCUCGGUGUUAUUGUCCACCCAGAGUCUCACGGUAUGCUCACCGAGCACCACAUCACCCCCUAUGCCAGGGAAAAGAUCCUAAAAAAGGUUGCCAUGAAGGCCAAUGGAUACGUGUCCGGGAUUUGGAGCGGAGGCAAGCCUGCUGCCAACACAUCCGACAUUCCACAGCAUAUCCGGGUCCACAUUGAGAGCAUUCUGGCCAGAUUCCAAAACUCGGACUACAAGCCGCCUAAUUCUCGUCUCUUACCUGCCAAGUCGAUAACGUCGCUUCGUGAAACAGCGGAAGUCCACCCCUAUCUGGUACUGUGUCCGGCUGACCUGCAUUGUUUGAUAAAUGCCCUGUACCCAGAACGGCGCCCCCUCUCUUCUGCCUCGAGCACGUUCAAAUCUGGAAUUACCUCCAUAUCAGGUCAUUCCUCUGCGUCACAGCCUGUGGCUUUCUCCAACCCCAGAAACAGCUUCGAAACCGCAUCGGUAAUUAGCACUAGUGUUUCCUCAGUCUUUAGCGAGGCUGGCCCUCGCGAUGGUCAUGGUGAUGGCUCUGCCAAGACGACUUCAGUUCGAGACUCACCCACGAUUACGGAACCAGAUCUCCAGCGAAAGCUCAACAAGUACGAGGAAGACGGCUAUCCGCUUCGACUUGCGCUUCACGAACUCACUCGAAACCUGGGACCAGAUAUCGUUCGAGGCUCCAGUCACCCUUGCGCGGAACGCUGGGCCGUGCUUUUUGUAUCCCCCGAUGGCAAGAAGCUGACGACAACUCUCAGCUGCGAUGCGGACGAUGACCGUGACGAGCCAAAUUCGUCGAGCAGUGACUAUGAUAAUGAGUCUAUCCCAACAUCAGACCUAGACAAGGGAUACUACCAGCUGCGCGAUGCCGUUCUCAAGUUGGUGGAAGAAUAUGAGAUUCCUCGAGGCCUGGAAGCCGAGGCCAGUGGCAAUGAGAUUUCCAAUCGUCCAUCUAGAAUUAAAAGGCCAACGCCAAGACGCACAACCCGAAGAGAGAAGCUUGCCCCAGAGCCAACCGGUGGUGUUUCCUUACGGCGAUCCCAUUCGCCAGAUACAGCACCGCACCCAAGCCCCAAUACAACGGAGCCUGAGAAAGAGGCGCCACUGAUUACCAUGCUGAAGGCAGCGUGGUCCCAGUCUAAAGUGCAGGCCGAUUUUGUGUCGUCUCAUAUGUACUGGAAGACGCUCAACCAGCUUCGCGGUUUAAACUCGGAGUCCCUGCGACGCAACGGAUAUGCGGCACUCAUUAACAUAUUUGCUCGUGAGCCGCGAGACGACAUCAGCAAGUCGGCCCUCGCAAUUGAAGAGUACGAGGCCUGGUUGGUCUGGCUCAAACAAAGUCAGGAGCGUCUGGAGGGCCAAAUCGAUCUCAUGAUGCGGCGGACAAGGGCGAUUCGCGAUAAAAUGUGGUACAUUGCUGACGUCCGCAACUCCAAGGAAUACGAACACAGCCGCGAUAUAUGCCAGGCGCUUCGAGUCAUGGGAGCUACCAGCCGCUGGCGCUCGUCGACAUCGCGUUCAGGCAAGACCAGUUCAUACAUAAAUAAGGCUGAGUCGCAAGUGCUGGAUAUGAUUGCAGCCUCGCCAGAUACGGGUGGGCCAAACAAACUAAGCGACGAGCAAGCGGAUAUGACAUCUGCUUGGCUUAAGAAAUACGGAAUUGAAAACUUUUGCCAGGGCGAGGAAAGAAUACAUCGCUUCUGUUGCGAGGUGGAAAAGUGUGUUUCAAAGUUGGUCGGCGAAACCAUUAGAGAGGCUCCUGUUCUGUGGUCAAGCGAGCUAUACAAACGGGACAAGGCAAUGUACGAUCGAAUGAAGUUGCGGGAGAGAGACAGUGGCUGGACGAGCGACGACACGGGCAGUAUCAUGAGCGACAAUGAGCGACGACAAACAUUCUCCACGCUUCGGCCAUUGGCUUUUGGAAGGGAUUUAAGGAGCGUAAGCUCCCAAAACGCAUCCCUGGAAUCUGUUAGGCAUGGGUUUGCCAGACAUGCCGCCUCGCUGUCCGAGGUACUUGAUGGCCAUGAUGGCUUUGAGCGAUACUCGCCUGUACACAACACGGACUCGGGCAACACAUUUUGGUCGCCAUUCCAACCACCGAGAUCACCUGCGUCUAAUCGCGCCUAUUCUCCCACUACGAGCCUCACCAACCUUUCAGCCACUUUCACGGGCUCACCAAACCCCGCGGCAAUGGCAUCUCACAGCAGCCUUUCCACGGGGCGGCCCGCUACAGCAACGUCAUCCAACGAGACUGUGUAUCAGCACGCUGCCGACGGGGAUCGUGCCACAUUUCUUUCGGAGUUGAGGCAGUCUUUGACAAGUCUGCUACUGUCUGAUCUGGGCAGCCAGCUCUUAUCGAAAGGUUCAGAAACGGACAUGUGGGUGGCACAGCUUGGACAAGAAUGUAUCGAUCGUAGGGAAGCGCUCGAGCAGCACGCUCAACGGAAGAAGGCACUUAAGGAGAAACCUAGUCGGAGUUCGACAAAACCAAGAGUCAUUGAGAAGAAGAAGAGCUUCGGGAAUCUUCGUGGUGCUGGGGAGUCCGCCCUAGAGCGGAUGGAUGGCGUGGAUAGUUCCUCAAGUCCAAGCACGUCGAGUUUCUUGACACAGACCGAAGAUUCCCAGCCUGGGAGACCCAGGGACAACGACUCCGAGUUUCCGUUUAAGAAUGCCUACCGACGACUCUUGACCAUGUUUUCGGUACACCCAAAUCCUUACGCCAAGCUUCAUGCAUUAAAGGAACUUGAGCAUUUGCUAGUGGCAUCGAUACCAACCUCGCAGCGCAAAAGGUCAAGAUGGCGACUGGAGGUGGCGACUGGCCAGGAGACGAGAGAAAAGGCUCACCGACGUACCACGCUUGAUGGGGCGAUCAAUUCCGUCCAGGAAAAGAGGAUGCAGCAUACGGGUAACCAGAGUCUUUAUGGUGCAGGUGGCGGGUCUCGUGGAACGUCUGGGACCGACACUACAAUUUCUGAGCUCAUGAAGCUUUUCAGAGACCCUUCCAUGCGACCCAAACACCUGUUCCGGGAUCUGCAAUUGAUUUCUUCUUUCGUCUCCCCUACGGUGUUGGAUCGACCAGAGAGGAGCAAGGCCUUUUGGGAUGUAGGCCUGGCGGCGCUGAAGCUCAAGUCAGAGGUGUGCCGGACCAUGGUAGAGAUGGCGGACGAGGUGUUUGCGGCACACACACAGAUGCGAGGAUCUGUCAUUGACACGACCUCAGGAGGCGUGCCGGUGCAAUCAUGCACAGGCACUCCGCCACCACCGUCAUCAACGUACAAGCUGAAGGACGUGGGCAGGAUGUGGGCGAUUACCGCCCGAGAGGGCUACCCCACGGCGCAGCGUGAGCUAGCCCUGUUUUACUUGUCGAACCCGGAGUUCGUGGAGCGCAUUACGCUUCCCCUUUCCAAACCGCGUGAGGUCUUCAAGCAAGCAGUGAUAGACAAGUACAAGCGGAACGAGAAGCGCAGUAGCGGUGCUGGCGCGCAGGGUGCUGGGGCAGGGUUGGGGGCGGGCUCGCAGGCGACGAGCAAAGACAGCGAUGUGAGAAACGACCCGGGCCUGAUGUGUGUUGCGGUGCACUGGAUGGAGGCGGCGGAGCGAGGGGGAGACGAGCUGGCGACGAGCUUUUUGCGACAAAACGAAUUCAUGGGACGGGGAUAA